AAUACAUCAGAACAAUGAUUCAAACGUAGGAAACAAAAAUGGCGUUGGCAGCGACCUUGGCAUCACCCUCGCCAUAAAUUGUGGUUUUUGAAGCCAGCAAGCAGCAGAAGCAGCACGGAGCUGCAGGCUGUAGCUUUGUAGGUGUUAUGCGGUUGUAGCAUAUGAUUCCGGCCGGAGUGAUCCAUGCACUUGCUUUCGAUUUUGGUGGCAUUUGUACGCAAAGACGGUACCGUGAGUGUUUCUCGACGAAAAACAUAUUUCCGGUCUCGGGCCUUCCGCAGUGUGGCCCGACCUGCCACACAAACCACGCGGUUCGCUAGGCCCUCCGCGAGAAUGGGAAGACCCGAAAGCAUUGUUCUGUGCUGAUAGGCUAGCAUCCAGUAUUAGGCUUAAGAUCGGUCCAAGAAAAAAACUGUCUCGAUAUUCUUGCUCCGCCAGCGGUGCGAAUGUGGCCAGUCCGUGUCGGGGAAACUGCCUCGGGUGCCGUAUCGGCGUGCUACGCAAUUCGGCGGCCGCCUUUCGCAAACGCCGAGGAGCAGCACCGCCACUGAGUUCCGCUCCGAGUCCUUCCCCACUGCCCCCACCCCAUCACCUCCCGCGGAAGUGAGCGGUCGCGUCUCGGAGGCCCGUACGCGACUUCGUGCGACUGGCGAUGCCGUCCGCGCGCCGAGGACAGUUUGUGUAAACGAGCCGCGGGCCCGGUGGCCCGUUUGUUCUGAGUUACAUAUGCGCGCUAGCGUAAGAUGAUCACCCUUUGGAGCUGACACAACCGCCGAGCGACACUGUUGCCACAGCGCCGGGAGACCCUCGGCGGUUCCUUUCGUUGAGGGUGGCUCUCUCCAUGUUGGUCUAGGAUGACCAUGACUGCACGCAUCAAACAGGUUGUAAGUAAGAACAAGAAGCGGUACCAAGAUGAGGACUUUGACUUGGACUUAUCCUACAUUAGUGACAAUAUUAUCGCCAUGGGCUUCCCGGCUGAAAAGUUAGAAGGGGUCUUCCGCAACCACAUGGAUGAUGUGCAAAAGUUUCUUGAAAAGAAGCACAAAGGCCACUACAAAAUAUACAACCUGUGCUCUGAGCGGCAGUAUGAUGCUAAGAAGUUUGAAAAUAGAGUGGCACACUACCCAUUCAAGGACCACAACCCGCCGAAGAUUGACCUCAUCAAGCCUUUCUGUGAGGAUGUUGCAGAAUGGCUGUCCAAACAUCCAUCCAAUGUUGCUGUCAUCCACUGCAAAGCAGGCAAGGGUCGAACGGGAGUGAUGGUGUGCUCAUAUUUGGUACACAGCCGCAUGUUUGCCACUGCUGGGGAGGCUCUCUCUUAUUACAGUGAGCGCAGGACGAAAGACCUCAAGGGGGUGACAAUCCCAAGUCAGCGGCGGUAUGUGGAGUACUAUGCCAAGCUAGUCAGCACACAUGCGGAGUACAACCCAGAGACGCUGGUGCUGCACUCGCUCUCUCUUGAGCCUGUGCCUACCUUCAAUGGAGGGACCUGCU